AUGCCGCCUUCUUCCCCAUCCCGGAUUCCGCUGUCGACCCCCUUGAGCCAGUUCAACCAGGUCUUCUACCUCAUCGCCCAGGUGGCGCACGAGGAGGACGCCAAAGAACACAGGUUUUUUGAGAAUGCCACCCAGGCGAUAUCUGAAAUUAUGAACUCUCGGGGAUUUUCUACAUUUUUCUUUUCUGAGCAGAGACUGGUUGGUGUGAGGAAGACGGACCACAUGACUAGUUACUCUGUUGCUAAUGUUGGAUUGAUGCGUGUUGAUGUUGGGUACAUGGAAAGGAUGUCAUUCUAUCUUGUGGCUUGGAGUUUUCUCACACGUGAGAAGAAUAUGAUGUUAGAUUGGGAGAGCAUUAUAGUUAGCCUUCUAUGUACUUCGACAUAA